GCCUAUGAUCUCUUCUACUCGGAUUGACCAGAAAAUUGCUAAUCAUCUAUUCAGAGAAAUAAAAUUUGAUGACAUGCAAUAUGUUGGAAGUUCACAGGAAGGUGUUCCUCGAAUGGCCUGCAAUGAUUUGGACGUCAUGCUGUGUGACGCGUCUUCAAUAGUAUUGUGGGAAUGGCCCCACCAAAAAAAAGGGAAGUUUGUCGUGGCUGAGCAAGAUUCAACACCUCCUAUGUAUUUGAGGCUUAAGGUAGUUGAUAAACAGAGUCUGGAUAAGGAUUUCAAAAAUAUCAUUGAUCAUGAUGGAUAUUUGAAAACUGAUGAUUUCAUUAAAUUUAAUGAAAAAAAGGACUUUUACAUAGAUCUAAACAGUAAGGUGAGACAAGGACCCUCAACUGUACAAAUGUGUAAAUCAGGAUUAAUGGACAUCGGAGACAAAAGUAUGGAUGUAGUAUUUUGUUUGAAAUGUCAAUCAUGGCCUCCUUUUAAAGGGGAUUUUUUUACUAGAGAGAGACCGAACAAUUGGCCGUCACCAGAGUUGUUAGAAAAGGUAAAAGGUCUAGAAUGUCAUGUAGUUCCUGUUGGAUACCCAGGUAGUGAAUUAGGCGGUAUUGUUUGGAGAUUGUCAUUUUCCAUAGCUGAGAGAGCACUCAUUACUGAAAUGUACAAACCAUAUGCUGAAUGCAUGUUUGCCCUGAAAGCAAUCAAGAAUAAAUUCAUAGAUUACAGUGAUUCUGAUAAACCAACACCAUUUUGCUCGUAUUUUAUAAAGACAGCUUGCUUGUGGAAGUGUGAAACAUUUCGACAUACAGAUUGCAGUCUUAUGGAUUUAAUUAGAGAAGUUCUAGAUUGGCUUAUUGACUGCUAUCAACACCAAUGUCUGCCUCAUUAUUUUAUUCGUGAACACAAUUUGAUUGGUCACUUGGAAGAACGUUGUGAUUCUGUCAAAGGAAAAUUGACAGAAAUUAAGAGAGAUCUUUGGACAAAGGUGUUAUAUAGUAUUGAUGGUGAUGAGACAUAUGAAUGGUGUUUUAACCUUUUAGGUAAUGAAUUCAACAUCAAUAGAGAUGAUGAGAUGUGGCAGAUACUCAGGCCAAAAAAAAAAAGAAAUCAAAGUACUACAGGUCAUGGAACUCCAGAAUCACCCAAGAGCUACAGAGAACAUAAUCAAAGAAAUCUUUUGUAAUUUACCUACUAUAAAAAGUUACAAUAAGAAUUAUUAAAUGCAAAAAUUGGGUGGAGAAAUUUUUUUUCCCUUUUUUUUGUUUGGUAAGCCUAGAGACAUAUUUAAUUUGGUGGCUCUUAUAUAUACUGUUGAGAAAACCAUUUUAUCAGUUGUAAAUAAUGUGAAAGAGAUAGUAACAACAGAACAUGUGAACAUGUUCACAACACGUUUGUAUAGGUCCUUAGUCGAUGCAUUUACUCAUUUACUGAUACCUUUACGAAAAGUAAGAUAUAAAGAUCUAGAUAUUGUUCAGAAGAUGCUGUUCAGUGAAAACGGGUACUUUAAAUUGGGAGCUGAAAUGAUCUUCCCUGACAAUUGUUGUGAUCAAGGCAUAGGAGGUCUAGUCCUUGAAGCACACUACCAUUAUUUAAUGGGUAACUGCAAUGAAGUGAAGCGGGUGUGUGAAUGUAUACUAAGUAAAUUUGAAGAAAUCAAAAACACUAGUACUACUAGGCUUGCUAGUAUUGCAUUACCCUCAAAGACAGCUUUUGGAGUUAAUGGCUGGAGCGUUGAUAAACGUUUGUAUCAAUUUGUCAAAGAUUAUCAAGUAUUGGUCCUUCACAUGCAUCCAAUUGCACUUGCUCUAUACAUGAAAGCCAGAGUAUUAAUUAGUGAGGGGGAUACAAAGAAGGCAUUGGAUCUUGUGAAGAAGUUGAUGGCACUUCAGGAUAAGAUUAAUCGUGUUUUGUAUCUUAGGACUACUACAAUGUUUAUAACAAUCUUAAUCUUAGAAUGUUUAAUUGUAGAAUUACAAAUGUAAUAAAGGUAACUUCUCUAUCAUAUUGACACCAACUUGUAACAGUGGCAUAUCUACAAUGUAGGCACUUCACCCUCACAAAAUAUGCUGAGCAAAAAAUUUCACAAAAUCACCACAUAGGCCUCUUACCUUAUUUUGCCAGCUAAGGCCCACUCCACUUAAAAUGUUUCACUGGAAAAAAGGUAGACUAGUUAAUUAAAAUAGUUAAGGAUAUAUUUUAUGUUUAUUAAAGUAAAUUUGUGAUUGCCAUUAACAAAUUGAAAUAGCAUGUGGCCAGGUCAAUCAGAACCUUUUCGAAAACUAGUUAUAAGUUAAUUACAUGACUACUUUAAUUCUGGAGCCAGAGAUUCCAUAUACUGUACACAGAUUCAUAGCAGAGCUUAAAGAUGACUUUAAGCACCUGUCCUACAGGUUUUUUUUAGAAAUUACUUUGUAAACAAUAUUAAUCAACUUGUCAGUGGCCAAUCCUAAUUAACUAAACUUGUGGUAGACUAUGAAACAAUUUUUUUGAACAGAGUCUUCAAGUUUAGUUAAUCAGGAUUCAGAAAUUUACAACUGAAUAACAUGAGAAUCAGUCACUAUGUAUAUAAUAGGCUAGAAGUAGGAUAUUGAUAAUGAAUAAAAGCAUGCAGCAAAGAACAAA